AUGACAACGAGUGCGGAACAACAGAAUGGUUCUGUUGGGACUACUGCUGCAACGACAACUGAGUCUUCAAGUCGCACAACUCCUGCACCGGCGAUGGCACCGGCAGAAAAACCCGGAAAGUUUUUCGGUGUGGACUUUAAGCGUUGGCAGCAGAAAAUGUUCUUCUACCUGACCAUACUCAGUUUACAGCGCUUUAUUAGCGAAGACGUUCCAGUUCUGGGAGAAGAAACUCCUGAAAAUGAGCGAUUUGUGGUCACUGAGGCAUGGAAGCAUUCUGACUUCUUAUGUAAAAAUUAUAUUUUAAGUUGCUUGGAAGACGGCUUGUACAAUAUUUAUAGCGUCAUGAAAACAUCAAGAGAAUUGUGGAAUGCUCUUGAAAAUAAGUACAAGACUGAAGAUGCUGGACUAAAGAAGUUUGUGGCCGCCAAAUUUCUUGAUUUCAAAAUGGUUGACGGUAAAUCUGUCAUAACGCAAGUCCAAGAAUUGCAAGUUAUUGUUCAUGACCUCCUUGCUGAAGAUAUGGUCAUAAAUGAAGCGUUUCAAGUUGCGGCAUUUAUUGAAAAGCUGCCUCCGCUGUGGAAGGACUUUAAGAAUUACUUGAAACAUAAACGCAAGGAGAUGACGCUUGAAGACCUUGUUCGUCUACGGAUUGAAGAGGACAACAAGGCUGCUGAGAAGAAGUCUCGUGGAAUUUUAAUAAUAAUGGGUGCAAAUAUUGUUGGACACAAAGCUGCUGAAUGUCGUGCAUCAAAGAAGGACAAGAAGAAAAGUCAAGCAAACAUGAUUGAGAAGAAUGAUGAAAUAGACGAUUUAUGUGCCAUGCUUUCAGAAUGCAACCUAGUCGGAAAUCCUAGAGAAUGGUGGAUUGAUUCGGGAGCAACUCGACAUGUUUGUGCUAACAAGGAGUUGUUUACUUCUUAUGCUCCCGCUGGACCCAACGAGACAGUUUUUAUGACAAAUUCCGCUACUGCAAAAAUUGAAGGAACGGGCAAGAUAGCUUUGAAGAUGACUUCUGGCAAGAUUGUGACUCUAAAUGAUUUUCUUCAUAUUCCUGAAAUGCGGAAGAAUUUAGUCUCAACAUCACUUCUAGUCAAGAAUGGCUUUAAGUGUGUUUUUGUUUCUGACAAGGUUGUAGUUAGUAAGAGUGAAAUGUAUGUAGGAAAAAGUUACCUGACUGAGCGCCUUUUCAAACUCAAUAGUUCUAACACUAACUAA